AUGUACAAUUUUCCACCACCGAACUACACUCCGCGUGUUGAUGAUAAUGUGCACGAAUCUUCCUGGGCGUAUUUGUUUAAUUUUAUUCCAUCUACUCAAGCGACUAAGUUACAAAAUCUAGGUAUAAGUUUCAUUAUUAUUGGUGCUGUCUCGAUGGGUAUCGAAGGCGCAAUACUUGGAAAAGAAGAUGGACUUAAUCGUGACUACUUGUCUUUCUAUGGCUACGAAAUUCUUGGACUUUAUCCAUUCACUCUUGGUAUUGCUUUGAUAUUUGUGUGUCGCCAUCAAGUCUAUGCUGUAAUACCAAUAUUUAUCUUCCUUUUGCUUCAAUUGUAUAAUCUAACCCGAAAACUAGUUGCAUAUAGUAUUAUACUCAACACUUGGUCUAAAGUAUGUCCACAGACUUCAUCAGCGACUCACUGCAACCAAACAGAAUAUACCUGUAUAAUCGGAGCAGCGAUUCUUGCAGGUAUUACCACUGGUUUUACGCUCUUUACUAUGUACGUGAUUAAACAAGUUGCCACUCCGCAACGACAGUUUCCUGUACCACAUGCUCAACCGAUUUCAUAUAUUGUUGCAUCAAGCGCGCAAGCUACAAAUCAAUAA